AUGAAAGAGUUGCAGGCCAUGUUAACAACUCAGGCCCGAGUUGAGCGGUAUGAGACUAAUAGGGAGAACCUAGAGUGUCACGUGAAGCCGGGUAAAGUUGUUGGCCCCAAUGUUUUCGCAAUGAUGGGUCUUUUCGAAAACAUGGAACGACUUGGAUUCCCUUAUAGGGUUGAGUUGACUACUAAUAUCGUUCUCCAUCCAUUGCCUGACAAUUUCAAUCAGUUCAGGAUGACCUAUAACAUGAAUGAGUCUAAAAAUACUUUGCAAGAGAUGCAUGGGUUAUUGGUCAAUGCUGAGAGGAACAUCCCUAAGGAAUCAAAGAAAGAGGUUUUGAUGGUUCAAAAGGAAAAGGUGUUAGUCGAGUGCAAACACUUGAUAUUGUAG